UUACACUGACAUGUUAUUAUCCAGAGGUUCUUAAAUUGUCUCGCAUACAGUCGGUUGUUCACCCCAUUCUUUGUUGAGUCUCUGCAUUUCUUUGUAGAGCUUUGAAAAACGGCAUCUCUGUUUCACCCAGGCCAAACGCGCCUACGCAGGUAUUGGUGACGUUAAGACAAAUGGGUGAUACCCUUUUAAACCCUUGCAGCGCAAUUAGUCCGGCAAUUGGUGGGCUUCCUGUCCCUUGUAGUGGCGGUGUGAUCAAUCUUGAAGGGGUGUGUACCUUCAAUCCGUUCUUUCUUCUCUUCGCUGCAUCUGCUCAACUGUGCAUCUGCCCGCCGCGGUAUUACUUGGGCUUUGACUAUACCACGGCUCCAAAUAUUCAAGUUAACUGUAGAAGCAUAACAGGCUCACCCUGCCGGACUGAUCUGGAUUGUAAGUCGAGGACCAUGGACUGUUUGGGUAUAUCAUCGUUCAGCCAAGUCAACUUCGAUGGCAGCGGCCUUAUGUCUCCCAUCGCCCAAGACCUCGUGGACAUUCUUUUGCCGGUUGCAACUCUGCUAUGCGGCUUUAGUGAUUUAUACAGGACGUCUAGUAUACCCCUCUUUUCUUGUAAUGGGGUCUCCUCUGGUGUGAUAGGCCAAUGCCAGGAAGUCAAAACUACCCUCGUGCGUAUUCGGUCCGAAAACUUUCCCGACCGUACUUGGGGACUUGACCAAAACGGCGACGCCUUCAUCAAUCAGGGAUUCAGCGGCAAUAUUUUCUACGUUGUCCCAGGCUUAACCGGACAACCAGGUACAGUGUCCUUCAACUCCGUGGAGUACCCGUGCUCCUAUCUCCGUCACUUUAAUUUUGCGCUGAGACUUGAAAGCUCGCAGAACCCAGCGAAUCCCGAGAUUUACAACGAGGACGCCACUUUUUACCCUCGACCCAACCAGUUUAUCCCAGGGUUUACAGCUUACGAGUCGGUGAACUUUCCUGGCCAGUUUAUCCGCCAUCUUGGCUUCAGGCUGCUUUUGAAUACGAACGACGGCUCUCCGUUAUUCGCGAGAGAUGCCAGUUUCAGCAUUGAAAAUAUUGAUUUGCUGCAAAGUUGUAACAAUUAACUUCAAUCCACGUCGAUGGAGCAGAGACUUUUGAUACAUACUCGUACAUCGGAAUAAAGAGUUCAAGUUCUGCGUGAAGAGUAACUUCCGUGAUAUUUAUUCAUGGAAUAGACCAGGACCCCGUAACUCGAAAGCAUCGCGCAUUGCGACUGAG